GCCAAACGAAAAACUCUACAGAUCCAUGUCAAUAUAAGUAUAUGAUAGUUUGGUUGAUAAUGGUAGCAUAAUAACAAAUCACAGUCAGAACAAAAGCUUUAUUCGUUUCAAUACAGAAGUUACCCAGUUUGAGAAACGUUGUGAGCAUGGAUAAUACAUUCAGUAACUGGAGAGGAACAAAAAAUCCUUGCCUCAAAUAAACACCAUAUCAGAAUAAUCAUUCACUUCGAUGCAGCCAGUGUGUUAUAAACAGAACCAUUCUCGAAAUUACGUUGUAUUACAGAUAAAUAAACUAUGUGGAUGCUUAAAGUUUAUGCACCGAAUAUGAUCAAAUAUAGGCUCAGUCGACAUCACAGACAAAUCAAUGUCAGAACGCAUAGGAAUUAAUGUAGGCUAGUUAUCACCAGAUUCUCGGAAGGUCCUAUUUGAAACUUUGGAUCGAACACGUGAUUCGCGCAACUUGUGUCAUUUUAGGCGUAACCUAUCUAUUGAAGACGGGAGAGUUUCCCCCAAAAGCUUUGAAACUCAUGGAUAAAUCAAAAUCCGAGCCUGAAAAAAUGGAACUGGUUGGCGUGACUUAUGUUGUGGACGCCAUUACAUUUUGGGCUCAGAAUGUGAGUGAGGACCAGGCAGUAGAGAAGAUGACUAACAUGUUGUCAGAAAAGUGUCCUGUUGCCAGAAGGCUGAUGGGUAAUCCCAGUUCCCAGAAGAUAUAUGGUGCACUUUUUUCUGAGGAUCGUUGCUGGUACAGGUGUAAGGUCCUGCAGCAGACUGAGGACAAGUUCGAAGUGUCAUACAUCGAUUAUGGGAAUACGGAGGCCAUCAGCAGAUCAGCUCUUGUGGAGCUCUCUGAGGACCUACAGACAGCCAGUCUGGCCAAGAAGUACAAGUUCUGGGGCUUUCAUGUUUCUAGUGACCAAGAUUCGCCACAUUUCUUGCAGGGAAAGUCCUUCCUGCACAAUUUGAUAUUUGGGAAAAAACUACGAAUCCAGAAGAAGUCUGUGUGCUUUGACGGGACCAUCCUGGUGCAGGCGUUCCAGGGGAACUUGGAUAUUGGUGAAGAGGUCCUGAAGAUGAAGUUUGCGAGACUGAGUCUCCCUGGGAACAGGGACGGUGUACACCCUAGCCGGGUGCUGCAGGACCCCUCAGCUCUCUGGCCUCACCGUGUCCUGGAGAGGGGAGACCUCGAAAUGACAGCCUCCCUAGGAAGCAUGCCAAAACUGCGCCCCGCCUUCUCAGAGCAGAAGCCUCAGGCCUAUAAGGAGAAGGGCACGGCCACCCCCCUUCAGCCCGCCAACCUGCUGAAGAAGAAGAUGGACCAGGAGCUGGUGGAGGAGAACGAGAGGCUGAAAGCAGAGAAGAGCUCCCAGCAGCAGAGUGCUCUUCUGCUGGAGAGGGAACUGAGGGACACUCAAGCAGAGCUGCAGGUACAUGCUAGAGCAAAUUUAGUUGUACUGAAAGAGUCGAAGGAGGUAGAGAAACUGAAAGAGGGGAAUGGCAUCCUUCAACAGAAAACAGACAGCCUUCAGAACCAGUUGAAAGAGACCAGGCUGGCAUUGGAGUUGGCACAGCAGGAGGCCCAGAAGAACGCGGGGGAGGUAGAGAAGCUUUUGGAGACAGCAGUAGGGGAUAAGCUGGGGAAACUCGCAGAGAAAGCGGAUUUGGUGAGAAAAGUAAGAGAGAGCAGUCCCAGCAGCACUGUGGGGGACAGUCUGCUACAGGCCAUCGCCAUUGUCAUGAACAAUAGAAUCUCCGUCCCGGUUGCCAUGGAGAAGUUGGAGGUGGCAUGGAAAGAGUACAGUCAUGCGCAGGAGAUGGUGAAGGCCUGCCAGAUGAGGGAGGAACUGGCAGACCUGAUUGAGCGCAGGAACGAGAUGCGCUGCGCCCUCGUGGCUGCCGUGGAUGACUACAUACAGGAAGUGGACGGGCUGCCAAUCAGCGAGCGCAUGGACAUGCUCGAGCAUGUGGCCGCUUCUCUGACUGCGGCGUUUGGCGCCUUCGCGGCGGAGGAUGCUGGCGAGCAGGCGUUCGACCAGUUUUCAGAGUGGAAGAGUCAGAAGCAGCAGGAGAGCCAGACUGUGAGGGAGAGAACAGACCUGGCUCUCCAGUCCCUGUGCUCAUGGUUCGUUGACGCGGGAAAGUUCUUCUGUUUGUCAAGCAAAACAUUGGUGUGCCUGAGUGAUGUCGCUGUGGGAUUGGACGCCCUCCUGAAGAGGGCGGAGCAAGACUUGUGCAAGGAGCUGGAGGUGUCCCAGACCGAGCAGAAGGACCAGGACGUUCAGAUUGUGUGCGGUGCGUUUAACAGAGUCAUGCAGGAGAUUCAGAGGGAGCAGAGCCUCCUGUGCAACAUUCGGGAGAAAUACCUGCAGAACCUACAGUUUAAGGAGGAGCUGCACCAGUGGCAGAGCAACAGCCCAAACGCAGACAAACUCUUCCUCAUCAAGAGGAGCAUCAGGACCCUGAGGUCUCAGCUGCGCUGGAAGCUGGUAGAGGAGGGAAGCCUGGAGGAGGCCGAAGAGCAGGACCUGACUGAAAUUAUGAAAAAGAAGGAAGAGAUUGCUGAGACUAGAAAUGCCCUUUUUCAGGAGAUAAGUCAAGAGAAGGAGGAAUAUAGGAAGCUGAGUGUUCUGGCAAAGGGGGGCUUCCCUGAACUCCCGCUGCUCUACCCCGAGGCAGACAUACUCAGCUACAUGAACUCUGAAGGUCUCCUGGUGAAGAGUCUGGACCGGGAAGUGUUUGACGCCGAGCCCAUGAGGGAGCUGAGCGCGCGGAGGCCACUGCUCUGCACUGAAUACCAGGGUCAGAGGGUCAUCCUGAAGGGGUAUGCAGUUGACGCGGAGAUGGAGGCGCGGGUGCUGGAGGGAGCGACAGAGUACCAUCGAGCGAGAACUUUCAGCGAGGAGCGGGCUGGCCUACUCCCCCUGGUGGCCCUUUUCUUGGGAAAGUCUGACCCGCUGGCGUACGUGAUGGUCCCCUAUUUCACUGGCGGAAGCCUGAAGGUGGUGCAGAAGGCCAGCCCUUUGACUACCUCUGAGACGGCUGUGGUGACGAGGGGCGUGGCCCUGGGGCUGCAGGUGCUGCACGGGUUCGGCAUCAUCCACGGCUCGCUUCACCCCGCCAACGUGUUUGUGCUCAACCGAGAGCAGGGCGUGGUGGGCGACUUCGACUUCACCAAGACGGCCGAGCAGCGGGCUGCUAACAGUGGUAUGGUGGCGGGCUCUCUCAGCUUGGUAGCCCCGGAGGUCCGACAGGGCCAGCCACCCUCUCUGAGCUGUGACAUGUACUCCUUCGGCUGCCUCUUGUUCUGGCUUCACUUCCCAGAAGCCAGGUAUACACUGAAAACAGAUGGAUUGACACCAGACACAAGUGAACUGAAACUGGACCCCAAGCUCAAUGGCUUGUUGUCAAAGCUGCUGGUAUGUUCCGGAAGGUUAACGGCACCUGAAGUCUUGUCUGAUAACUAUUUCCUGGAGGGUGGGGUCUGAACAUGUGACCCCGAUGGCCAAUUAAAGAACAGCUGAGAGACUGAUAUGACCCAUACUUUUUGUUGUCAUGACAUUCCUACUGUUGUGUUAAUUUUUAUAAAUCUUUCCUGCUGCUAUUUUAUUUGUAUUCGUUGUUGAAUACCGUUUGUUUUGCAUGUUCAAUUAAGAUUCAGCUGCAAAGCUGUGGAAGGCCCUUUGUUUAUUCCUUGUUCUGUUUGUUCUGUUCAACGCAACAAAUUAAAAAUCAGAUGCUUGGAGAUACUCCCAAAAUCC